UGAGUUUGGACACGGUUGAGGUACCCAAACGCAAGUAUAGCGUGUAUUCAUAGUUAAGAUUGAUAACGUUGUAUCUAUUUAUGUAUAAAUAUGUCUCUGUUAGACUAUUUGCAUAUAUGUACGACAUGCAGUGUGUGCGUUUUGAUAUAGACUUACGCAAUCGCGCAUGCGCCACUGGUCUGAUCUCAUCAAGCCAAACAAUUAUAUCCAAAUCAAUCCGAUGGCAGAUAACGCGAUAUUUAUAACCUAACCGAUAGAACAAAUCUUACUUUUGUUAUUUUUUUACUGUUUUAUUAACCAAGUCGAUUAUGUUGAUUAUUACGCUUUUCCGAUGUUUUAAGUGAUCAUUUCAAAGAAAUAAGAAUUCACCGAAGAGAAGAAAAAAUGUCCGUGAAAGCGUAAUAUACUGUUUGUUUUAUAUUUAUUUUUAUCUAUUAUAUAUCUAUACAUCAUUAUAAUAAUGACAUCGUCAUUGUUGCACAUUUCAUUGAUGUAGCAUUUGAUUAAACAAAAAUGACGUGGAAUCCAUUACGAAAACAAUACGUAACUCAAAGGCCUGCUCCAGCUCAACCUUGUCUCACUGUGGCUGAGGAUCGCGAACUAGACAUUACGGUUCAAAGAAUCAUACAUGUCGAAAAUACAGUCAGAAGGAUGAUCAAAGAGAUGAAAAAAUAUUUGACUACAAUAGAACACUUGGACUCAGUUGAUCAACGUUUAACUACUAAUUUGAGUUCAUGUAGUUUAGUUCAUAUUAAUGAUGAAUUUAGAAAAAUAGUUGAAGACUACCAUUCUGUGACGACUCAGAUAGAAAAAACUGCUCAAGACACAGUUGCACUCUGUAACAAAACAUUUAUAGAACCUUUGAAGAAGCUGAAAGAGGAGUUUGCAUACAUCAGAGAUGCUUUGGCUAAAAGAGAAGAGCUUGUAAACAAUUGGAAGAUUUCUUACGGGAUUUUGAAAAAGUACCAAGAAAAGAGAGAUAAAACAGCUAGUCAUCAUGUAAAAUUAGAGAGAGAAAGAAGAGCAGAAGAAAUAGCUUCCAAAGAGUUAAAAAUUUACCACGGAAAACUGCUUGCAGAACUACCUAUGUUUCUUGAGAAACGACUAGAGUAUUUGAACCCUACAGUUCAGGCACUUAUAGCUAUUCAGUUGGACUAUUACGGUAAUUCGACCAAGAUGUUUACACAGUUGAUGCCUGUAUCUAAUGCUUCAGAAUCACCUUCUAGUGCUACGAUUUCAGAAGAAGAGCAUCAACAAACAAUCAAUAGACAUUUCAAUCAAAUAAGAAAUCUUACUAUAAUAAAAAACGAUUAGACUCAUAAUUUAAAAACUCAAUCAUACAUGAAUUUAAAUUUGAGAAAGCUAUUUAUUAUAAAAUAUAUACAGAAUUUAUUUAUUAUGUUAAAUUUAAUAAGGUCUCAUAUGUAAUAUUUUUAUAUAACUGAAGACUCAAACUGAAUUAUACUCUAAUUUGUUCUCGUUAUUAUUAAUCCUCAUGAACAUGAGAUUUGUUUUUAAUGCCUCAAUAAAAUAUUGGGGCCUAUUAUAUGCUAAUUAAACGUUUACAAUGAAAGUGUAA